AUCAUUGUAUUGGUAGCCAUUAUAAUAUGUUGUAUAUGCUGCUGGGUGUCCAAGAAACAGGAUAUUGAUAUGAUGGACGAUGAUCGCCCAAGAAGAAGACUACGUCCUAUAAGAGCAGUAACUCCAAGUCUACAUAGAGGUAGUAUAUCCAUGGAAGAGUUUGAGUAUCUUCAUAAUAAAGCCAGGGUGGAAUAUGGAAUGAUACCAGGUUAUUUGCCAGGUUACGAAUCGGAUGGUCUGGAUCCCGAAUUCCGCUCGCGUAAUAGACACUCACAAACCCGUCAGCCCCAUGAUAUAGGCGAAGCACCACCAUCUUAUGACCAAAUCGAACAUCACCAACAAAGACAAAACAGUACUCGGGCAAGAGGAAGUGCACGCAAUGAGGGAUCUGAUGAGCCAAAUCGUCUAGGUGAAAAUCAACAAGGGUUAGACCAGAGUAGGGAUGAACGUGGAAGGCCUACGAGAGUCAGAUUUAACGAAACUGACGAACCGCCAUCCAGGACCAGAAACCAAAGAAAUGCCGAGGUAGUCGAUACCAGACAGACUGACAUAGCCGAUGAUUAUCCAACAGACUCUAUGGAAGAGGCGAAUCCUGAAAAUAAUCCUAGAAGCAAAAUAACAAUUGGAAAACCUGUUCCCAUGAUCAAAAAGACGGAAGAAAAUGCCGGAACCUCAGAAACGGCGUCAGUCAGCGGAACACCUAACAAAAGGACAGACAAAGGAAGUCGUGUAAUUAAAGUAGAGGACGCUGAGCAAACUAAACGAUUGAAGAAAAUCGCCUUGCAGAGGAAAUUAAGAGCUAUACAAUCCGGACUAACUCAGAAUAUUUGUGAAGAAGGUCAAGGUCCACCGGUCGAGGAAGAAACGUUAGAGGGGGAAGAGGACCAAAGGGUGAGCGAUACAAGCGGACCUGGAAUCGGUUAUCCAAAGCAAAUGUUUGAGCACCAAGAAGAGAAUCAAGAGCAAAUAGAAGAUUGCUAAUUAUUAAGUCCAGGAAUAAAUAACGAAUAAUUGUGAUAAAUCUACUGAUCAUCAUCUUUUGGCGACUUAAUCCAAUCUAACAUGCACUCGUAGCAAAAUAAAAAUAAAAAUACUGGAUAAUAUCUCGGCUUCAUCGGAUUAAAAAGAAGUCCUCAAAAGUAUAGCGAGGAUUAUAGCUUGAUUUGGCUUGUUUUGACCUUAUGCAAAGG